CAGUCAGCCGGUUUCACUCUUUUGAAUUCUGGUUUUGUUCAUAUGAAAGUUGGUUCUAAACAAACGAGAAUGAUUGUAAUUUUAUCAAUACUUUAGAAAGAGUACUCUUUGCUGUUAGUCAUAUUAACUACCCAAGAUAUAACAUUAGGAAAAUGUAAUUGGUGGAAUUUUUAGAAGAUUGAUAAUCAAUUGAUAAAUUGAUAAAAGUAACUUGGCAACACUAUUCAACACAAUAAUUUGGUUGAAGUAAAUAAAUAUUUUGUGAAUACUUAUUUAAAUCUAAAGUGCGAAGCAAUUGUUGGAAAUUAACAUUUAGUUCAUGUGAUAAUCACGUUUGAGCAUUUGAGGAAUAUUUUUUCCUAUGUAAAAAGAUAUUCAUUGUUAAUCAAAACAUGUUGUGCUCAAAAUUUAAAACAUCAUGUUUGGUGAUGUUUAUCAUCUGCUUGCUUGAAUCAAGCGCAGAAAUCAAACGGCCAAAUGUAUUGUUAAUCAUUGUUGAUGAUUUGGGAUGGAAUGAUGUUGGUUUUACGGGCAAUAAACUAAUUUCAACACCAAAUAUCGAUACCCUUGCUAAGGAAGGAGUAACUCUUUCAAAUUACUAUGUUUCACCAAUUUGUUCACCAUCUAGAUCGGCUUUAUUAACAGGCUUUCAUCCAAUUCAUACAGGAAUGCAGCAUGAUGUGAUUGCCUCUGAUGAGCCCUGGGGUUUGCCACAGCAGUUCAAAAUAUUACCACAAUAUCUAAAAUCAUUGAACUAUUCAACUCAUUUAAUUGGCAAAUGGCAUCAAGGUUUCUAUUCAAAACGACAUAUUCCCACCAAACGAGGGUUUGAUACAUUCAAUGGUUAUUUGAGUGGAGCAACAGACUAUUAUGAUCGAAUCACUAGGUAUGGAUCACAAUGGGGCCUUGAUUGGUAUGAAAAUGAAACUCCAUCUGCUUCUAAAUACGCAUUUAACCACACAACUGACAUAUUGACAAGCCAAGCAAUCAAAUUGAUCCAAUCUCGAUCAAAAAACAAUCCUUGGUUUAUAGCAAUUUCUUAUCAAGCUGUCCAUAUUGCUAACUCGCCGAAAUUGUAUCAGGUCCCAAUCGAUUAUUUAAACCGUUUCAAGUUUAUAAAAGACUUGACUAUGCGAUCAUAUGUUGCUUUGUUAGCCUCACUUGAUGAUUCAAUCGGCACAAUUUUCAAUCAUUUACAUAAGACUGGACAGGCCAAUUCAACUCUAAUAGUUUUUACCUCGGACAAUGGAGCUCCAACUGGUACUCUUACUGGUAAAAAUUGCAAUUUAGGUGUCGGUUCUAAUCAGCCUUUAAGAGGUGCCAAAUAUACUUUAUGGGAAGGAGGCAUAAAAGGUCUGUCAUGGAUCUGGGCUAAUUGGUUGAAAUCGAAGGGGACAGUAUACAACGGCCUAAGUCAUAUAACUGACUGGACACCCACUUUAUUCUCAUUUGCUGGAGGUAACGAAUCGAGUCUACCAGCAAAUAUUGAUGGAAUUAAUUUGAGAUAUGCUUUGGAAGGUAAUCGGAAGCGAAGUAAAAUUAUAAUGCGAAAUGAACUUAUUCACAAUAUUGACGAUAUCUGGAACGUUUCAGCGAUUCGAAUAGACGAUUAUAAACUCGUCACUGGAACUGUUCUUGAUGGACAGUUUGAUGAUUGGGUGUCAAGAAAUAUCACUAUUGAUGAACAUCUGUUGAAAAAUUCAACUCCGCCAUUGAAAGCAUCUUCGUCAUGGUUUACCUUGAACCAAUCUUUGUACGAAUUGGAUAAAAAAUCAAUUGAUCGAGAAAAUGUUUUAAUUAAGAUUGACUGCUUCAAUCAAAACAAAACUCAUUGUGAUCCUGUAAAAGAGCCAUGUUUAUUCAAUAUUAAACUCGAUCCAUGUGAGUUUAAUAACAUUGCACCAACUCACCAAACUAUUGUAAAUUCAAUGUUGACAAGAUUGGAUGAGAUACGAAAAACUGCCAUGUAUCCUGUAAACCGUCCUGGUGAUCCAUUAUCAGCACCCAUACACCAUGAGGGUUAUUGGAUUUGGUGGCUACCAUAA